GUACAUUAUUGACUUAAUAGACAGUACAAAUAGUAUAGAUAAAGAAGAGAGAGAUGAGAUGGGGAUUGGGGAAUGCGGGAUGCGUGUGACGCGUGGACCCCGCACGCAAACCCUAGAUCGGAAGCCGCACCCGGGCACAUGACCGCCUUAUCCCCGAGUCAGACCAGCGGCGGCCGGAACCGGGAGCCCCGUUGCUGGCCACGCCCCCACCGCUCGCGCGCGUCGAGCAGCUUCUCGUCGUAGUUGAGCCUACGCUUGGCGCCUACCGCCGGUUCCGCUGCCGGGUGUCCUCCCUUCGUGCCGCUGACACCAGAGGGUAGGAUCCCCGCGCUUUCGACCAGCAGAUCCCGCCGCGACCCAGGAAGGAGACACUUAUGGGGAAGGGACAAAUAUUAGCUGUUCUUCAAAUAGGUGGAGAAUUCAACACCGAUGAAGAUGGACACAUGUCAUAUUCUGGUGGAGAGGCACAUGCUAUGCAUGUUCAAAGUGACUGGACUUUUAGUGCAUUUAAGCAAGAGAUAUCGUCAACACUUAACAAUCUGAAGCUUGACCAGUUUGCAUUCAAGUAUUUCCUUCCAAAGAAUGAUAAAACUUUGAUCUCUAUUUCCAAUGACAAGGACCUACGACGCAUGGUUGAAUUCCAUGCGGAGUCAGAUUCGACAUACAUUUAUGUCAUGAAGAAAGCUGACAACAGAUCAAAGAACAUUGUUGCUGUCUUGGACACUCCCACAGAUGCCUUUGCGAUUGUCCCAACAACUCAGGAUGGGUCUAAGAGACAAAAGGUUUGUGCAAGUUGGAAGAAUGUGAUAACUGGAGUUGGCCAAGUGUUUGAAGGACCUAAGGAUUUCCGUGAUGCCUUACAUAAGUAUGCCAUUGCACAUAGAUUCCAUUAUAGAUUUAUCAAGAAUGACUCAUCUCGUGUGACUGCUGAAUGUACUGGUGAAGGUUGCCCAUGGCGAAUACAUGCUUCUAAGUCCCCUGCAAAGAAAGAAUUUAUGGUCAAGAAAAUAUCUGAAAGCCACACCUGUGAAUCUGAAACAGUCAAAAGCAAUCGGUUGGCUUCUCAACGAUGGGUUGCUAGUGUCAUAAAAGAAAAGUUGCGUGAUAGUCCAAACUACAGGCCAAGAGAUAUUGCAAAUGAUCUUCAACGAGAGUAUGGACUAUGCCUGAACUAUUCACAGGCUUGGCGUGGAAGAUCAAUUGCUCAGAAGGAACUUUAUAGUACACACGAAGAGGCCUGCAGUCAGUUGCCUUGGUUUUGUGAAAGGAUUGUAGAGACAAACCCUGGAAGUGUGGCAACUGUAGUGGCCUUGGAAGAUUCAAAGUUUCGUUUUUUUGUUGCAUUCCAUGCAUCGCUCCAUGGUUUUGAGCAUGGGUGCAGGCCGCUCCUUUUUCUUGAAGCGAUAACUGCAAAGCCGAAUAAGCACUGGAAGCUACUGGCUGCUGCUUCAGUUGAUGGUGAAGGUGAUGUGUUUCCAGUUGCUUUUGGUGUUGUGGAUGACGAGUCGCGUGAAAAUUGGCAUUGGUUUCUUGAGCAACUAAAAUCUUCACUUGGCACAUCUCGAACCAUCACAUUCAUAUCGAAUGGAGAACAUGGACUUUGGGAUGUAUUAUCUUCAGUUUUCCAAGAGUGUCAUCAUGGCUACUGUGUGGAGUCUCUUAUUGAAGAAUUUAAGAUGCAACUGGAUGAUGCAUGGACUGAGGAACUAAAAGAUUCGAUGGUUGAGCAUCUUAAGAAGGCCAUAAAUUCAUGCACAGCUGAUGAGUUCAAUCAGUAUAUUGAGCUCAUCAAAAGUGGUUCUGACAAGCUUGCUGAUUGGCUCUUGGAGAUCAAACCUGAGCGAUGGUCAGAUGCUUUUUUCAAGGGAUCACGUCAUGGGCAGUAUUCUUGUAAUAUUUUUGGCACUGUGUCUGAGUGGAUUCCCACGAGAUAUGAGCUUUCAGUUGUGCAAUUGGUUGACACGAUAAGAUGCAAGCUGAUGGAGAUGAUGUACACACGCAGAGAGUCUUCCAAUGCAUGGACUGAGGUAUUAACACCGGCAGCCAAUCAGAAACUUCAGGAAGAGGUGAACAAAGCCCACACCCUCAAUGUCCUUCCAGCAGAAAACGGUGAAAAUGGCAAUGUGUUUAAGGUCUGUGAUGACUCAGUUAAUGUUGUCAACCUUGACACAUGGGAAUGCACCUGCCAAAGGUGGCAUAUUUCUGGGCUGCCAUGCAUGCAUGUGAUUGCUGUAUUGGAGCGCACUGGGCAAUAUGCAUAUGACUACUGUGUGAAGUACUUCACAACAGAAUGCUACCGCUUGACCUAUUCCUUGUCAAUAAAUCCCAUACCUGAUGUUAUUGUGCCGCCUACAUUAAUCGACUUAGCUCAGAGCCCAGCAACAUACCCAUGCCCACUGCGAACCCGCCGUCGGGUUGGCCGGCCAAAAGAGAAGCCUGCUGAUCCUCGCAUUGCAAUCAAGAGGGCAGUGCGCUGCAGCAGGUGCAAGGGUUAUGGACACAACAAGGCAACCUGCAAAGUUCCUAUCAGCAGUUUCAGCACGUAGUAUUUACUCAUCAAAUCAGUUGUGCAGUGUGCAUUAGUGUGGAGAGUUGUUCGUGUUAUUCUCUGCAAUGUUAGUGUUGAUGUUUCUUUUGAUAGUCUGUGAUACAUGCUAGGGAUGAUCUUAGCUUGGCUGCCAAGAGAGGAGUCUGCUGAUCCUCGCAUUGCAAUUAAGAGAGCAGUGCGCUGCAGAAGGUGCAAGGGUUAUGGGCUUAUGGCCACCACAAGGCAAUCUGCAAUGUUCCGAUCAGCACAUAGUAUUUAAUCAUUGGAUCAGUUCCGCAAUGUAUAUUAAGGUGGAGAGUUGUUCGUGUUAAUUCUCCAAAAUGCUAGUUCUGAUGUUUCUUCGGAUAGUCUGUUAUACAUGCAAGGGUUGAUCUUAGCUCUAAAUUGAUCUGUAUUUUCACCAUUGCUUAGACUAACUGUAUUCAGCUUGUGAGUAAAACGCCGUAGCUUAUACUCAUGUUGCUAUCCACUUUACUCACUUUCUUUUCCGUUGUGUCUGCUGUGUGGCUUCCUCGCCAUCUCGGCAACUGCAAGACUAAAAUUAGCUAUUCUCGU